AACCUCUCAAAAAAAAAAAAUAGUUUUAGGGGCUCACCCCAGCUGCUUUGUGGAGGACUGUCUGGGGAGAUAGGAGGCAGAGGCCCAGGGCUGCAGGCGUGGUCUGCCUAAGCCACCAUGACUCGACCUCGCCGCUCUAAAGAGACCUGGGCCCACCGAGCUCCCAGCAGCCACCACAGGCUCUGCAGAGGGUGUGCACCCAGAGGCCAUCCCAGGCUGGCUGCGGACAGAGGGAGAGCAGCCAGUCCUGGAACUCCAGGGCUCCCUCACAAUGGGCCGAGGUUCCGGGAACAGUGCACUGCCAAGCAGGCAAAGCCCAGGGACGGUGGAAGGGUACAGGGCCCUUGGGGACCCUGAGGGCCACCAUGAAGGUGCACAGUGAGGCAGAUGUGGAGGAGCAGACCCAGGAGCUGAAAACCAUUACUAGGCUCCAGGAGCAGUGCCGAGCGCUCCAGAUCCAGGGGGUGAAAGAGAAGACGGCCCAGAACAAGGAGACGCUGGCCGUCCUGCGCAGCAGCAUCCGCCGCGGGGCUCAGGACUGGGCUUUGGCCAAGAAGUAUGACCAGUGGACCAUCUCCAGGGCCUGCGGGAAGGACUCGUCGGUGAGGCUCGCGUACGGCCGCAGCACCAUGGAGGUGGCGAGGGAGAAGCUACGCAAGUACGUCUUCGACCGCGUGAACGUGCACAAUGUCCUGAUCCACCUGGUGCGGCGGCGCGGGCAGAAGCUGGAGAGCCUGCAGCUGCAGCUGGCGGGCCUGCGGGGCCAGCCCGACGCCACCAAGGACGAGCUCUGAGCCGGUCGGUGUGCACGCUGCCCCCAGGUCAUCCGCCGGCUGGAGAACAACAUCGAGAAGACCACGAUCAAGAUUACCACGAGCCAGAACAUCCGCUUGCUGUAUGCCAACCUCCUGGAUUACCUGAAGAGAGUGCUGGCAGCCUACCCCACCAAGCUGGACAAGCUGCACAGCCUUGUAGUCAGCUACUGCUCGGAGCUGUCGGACACAGCGGCCGUGGCCCAGGACGCCAUGACCAUCACCGACGAGGUCAAGAGGAGCAUGAGGCGCGGGGAGGCCACCUUCAUUGAGGAGCGCAGGGCGCGGGAAAACAGGCUCAGCCAGCAGAGGAAGCUCAUCGACAAAAUCCACACCAAGGAGGCCAGCGAGAGAUACCGCAGGGGCCGGACCGACAUGGACUUCCCCUCCAACCUGAUGAGUAUUGAGACCCUGAAAGUGAAGAAAAAGAUGUCCGUAGCCAACAUCCAGUACCAGACAGACGUGACCGCCAUGGUGGAGAGGGUGAAGAGUGCCGUGCGGUGCUCCCACCUCUGGGACAUCGCCGGCAGGUUCCUGGCUCAAAGAAACACGGAGGAGAACUUGGAGCUGCAGCUGGAAGACUGCGAAGGCAGGCGGGCGCAGCUGGAGGCCCUGAUGCGGAAGCUGGCGCUGGAAGCGGCGCUGCUCAAGUUCCGCCAGAUGCCCAGCUCCAUCAGCUUCAAGUCCAUCGAGAAGAAGGUGAAAGGCCUGCUGCAGGAGGAGCAGGAGCGGCUGCAGCUGGCCCACACCAAUGUGACCAAGAGCCAGAAGCUGCUGCUGACCCUCCAGACGGGCAUCGACAACCUCUACAUCCGGCUGCUCAGCAUCCCUGGGCCUGUGCCCCCGCCCCCGGUAGGGCACUGGGCAGGAGCACCACAGGAGGCCCUGGGUGGGGCGGGGAGUGAGCCCCCCUCCCGCCUCCAGAGGGAAGUGGCACCCUCCCCGGCCCUGGACGUGUACAGCAAGCUGGUGACCUGUGAGGGCAAGCUCGUGCACCUGGCGGAGAGAGUGAAGAUGCUCUCCCAGAACGAGGAGGUAGGCACCAAGGUGAGGGACACCCUGGAGUCCUCAACUCUGAAGGAGAAGCACAACACCAGGAUCAGCUUUGAGGACACAGAGGAGGACAUGAUAGAGACCUUCCAGUUUGCAGACGUGGACCACAGCUACGUGCCUUCGCGGGCCGAGAUCAAGAAACAGGCGCAGCGGCUGAUCGAAGGGAAGCUCAAGGUGACCAAGAAGAAGAAGAAGUAGCCCCGCACACUCUGUUACACAAAUAAAAUUUUUCCAGCACUA